GCUCCCCGUCAUUAAGAUGAAGUGAGAACAUCUGGAACAAACUAAAACAAACCCACAGCGUGGUCUGGACGUCGGCAGCCUCGUUGUAUUUGCUCGAAUUGGCGCGCGCUUUAGCGUAUGUGUCCGCGUGCGUGUUGCUGAGUCAGGCGCGAACACUCACGGCUCGGUUCCUCUCUCACUAAAUGUCUGUCUGUGAGUUUCUGUUUCAUCCGCCGACGGUAUUCUUCACAUGUCUGGACGCUGAGUGAGAUGCCCCUCUCAUUGCCGUAAAUCUGCUCGGCAACUUGUCUGUCUGGCCGCUGCUGUUGUCACCCACUCCGCUGCUCCGCCGGCUGUGAGCUGUCCGGUGCGCCUCUGCGGUCGCUGGCUCGCACGGUCGGUUCGGGACGGUGCCGUGCUCCGCUUUUAUGAAUGAAUAAUGAGACGGGGAAAUGCGAGUAACAGCUGAUACCCCGUGCAGCAGCCCGGGCUUCCGGGGAGGCAGCCACCGAUGAGAGGGAUUAUCGGCGGCUCAUUGCGGAAAAGCGAGCCUGACUGCAGACUGGCGUGGAAACGCACCGUGACCAUAUAGCGUAGAGCACCGGGACAGAACCGCGACGACCACGAUGUCCAUCCACAUCGUUGCUCUGGGCAGCGAGUGUCCCGGAGGUGUCGGGCCCGGGGAGGAGCCCAUGGGCCAGGGCCAGCUGCAGGGAGGCUUGCUGUGGAGCUACCUGGGUCACGGGGCGCUCGUGGGACCCUGCGACCUGGAGGGGAGCCUGCACAACCCAGCCUUCAUGGAGUACACCUCACGCGUGUUUGGAGACGUAACGGUGGUGGUUCGGGAUUGUCCCAGUUGGGACUUGUUGGACAGUGACUGGGCCAGUGUGCGGAAAGUUCUCGAGCAGGCUGACAUCCUUGUCAUUAAAUACGCUGUCACAGACAAGCUUGCCUUCCAGCAGGUCAGGAAUGGGUACACUCCGAGGCUCCGCCCUCUUCUGAGGCACUGGGGUGUGCCUGUCAUCCUUGUUGCUGUUGGAGCACGGCUGAAUGAUGAAGGGCCUCCGUGUACGUGUCCGCUGUGUGCAUCCGACUGGAGCAGCUGUGUGCCUCACAGUGAAGGUCUGCAACUUUCCCGGGACCUUGGCGCCACCUAUCUGGAGCUGCCCUCUCUCAACCAUGUCUUCGUUGGCCGCUACUUUGGCAGCGUGCUGGAGUACUUUAUGAUUCAGUGCCUAAAACACAAAGCCAAAGAGAGGCCAGACAAGAGACGAGGGAACAAAGUGAAUGAGCUACGUCCUCCUCACUUAGAGCAACCAGCUCGUCUUCCUCCUAUCCGAGUGGAGGAGUCCAGCUUUUCCCAGGACAUGCAAUGGCUGUUGGAGCGCGGCAUGCAGUUUGCCGAUGUGGCCUUCUACUCUGGGGAUUCUGGGAAAGAACUAGGGUGGGCUCACGCGGCCGUGCUGUGCGCCGUCAGCCCGUACUUCCGACAGCUGCUCCUGGGGCCCAAAACCAGGGAACGUCCACAGUCACGGUGUGUCUGCAGGGAGCGAGAUGGAGGCCCCCAUUCGCUGCUCUCCACCUGGGAUGGGAGCAUUAUUGAUGACUUACCUCGGUCGGAUGGACACAUGACAGGACGCCUCACUCGGCUGGUGGUGAAAGACCCCCUGCUGUGCAUGUGCCUGUGGGAGACCCUCAUGUUUAUUUAUAGAGGAGCGUGGGAGUGGGAGCACCUCCAGGAGGCCCUGGAAGAGAAGCUGAAGAAUUCACUAGCUGUGGCUCAACUUAUGGAGCGUAUACGAUCUCUUCUCAGCAGAGACAGGAGCUCCAGGGACACGCCGAGUGCCCGGGCAGCCCAACUCGGACCCCAGACCCUCGUCAACCUCUUUAAUUCUCCUCUUUAUUCUGAUGUCAUUUUCAUGGUUCAAGGAAGUGUGUUGCCCGCCCACCGGGCAGUGCUGGUGGCCCGCUGUGACGUGAUGGCGGCCAUGUUCAGUGGAAAGUACGCUGAGGCCCGGAGCAGAGUGGUUCCUAUCCAUGGUGUCUCGUCGGACACCUUUCUGUCUUUUCUGGAGUACCUGUACACUGACUCCUGCUGUCCUGCCAGCGUGCUGCAGGCCAUGGCCGUGCUGGUCUGCGCCGAGAUGUACCAGGUGAAACGACUGCAGCAUCUGUGCGAGGUGUGCGUGUGUGCUUACCUGCAGAGCAUGCCCAGUAGAGAGCUGUCAUCGACAGGGAUCAGCGUGGUUCGACUUCUGCGCAGAGCAAAGUGCCACAAUGCAGAGCAGCUGUACAUCUGGCUCCUCCACUUUAUUGCCAACAACUACCUGAUCUUUAGUCAUAAACCUGACUUCCUGGAGCUCUCAGAGGAGGAGCGUGAGCAGGUGGAGAGGCUCCGCUGGCCGUCCAGAGGGUACCUGCAGGAGCUCAGCGAGUACCAGCAGCAAAGGCGCAAACUUCGAAAGUCCCGCUGCCUAGUCAUGUGACCACAUCUGGACGCCUC